AAGAGAAGACCCUUAUCUGGUUUAGUUUCAAGUAGCUUGUGGUGUUCUUGGUCUCCUGGAAGAAGGUUUUCAGGAUCUAGAGGUAUGAGCAAACAGGUCAGCCUGCCUUCUAAUCUUUGAAUGAACUUUGAUUUGCUGCCAAAGAGAACAUCACUUCCUCAAUGGCAAAGUUCCUGAACUACCAUGCGGUCUUUUUCUUCUUCUUUUUGUGCCUGGACCCCCUGAUCCUUGCCCAAUAUGAACAAGAUUUCCAUCCUCAGCCCCAGCAGCCCAGCACUGUGCCUUCUAUCCAGGUCCGGUUGGCAGGAGACAAGAGGAAGCACAACGAAGGGCGAGUGGAAGUCUUCUAUAACAAGGAAUGGGGCACCAUUUGUGACGACGAUUUCUCCAUCCACUCGGCCCAUGUGCUCUGCAGGCAACUGGGCUACGUGGAAGCUAUAUCCUGGUUCCCUGGCUCUAAAUAUGGCAAAGGAGAAGGCCCAAUCUGGUUAGACAACCUCUACUGUACCGGCAGAGAGUCGUCAGUAUCUGCGUGCACCUCCAAUGGAUGGGGUGUGUCAGACUGUAAGCAUACUGAGGAUGUGAGCGUGGUCUGCAGUGAAAAAAGGAUCCCUGGCUUCAGGUUUGAGGACCCCCUGCUCAAUCACAUAGAGAAUACGAACAUCGAAGUAGAAGAUGUCCGGAUACGGGCUGUCUUUUCCGCCUCUCGCAAACGCAUCCCCGUUACGGAGGGUUACGUGGAAGUAAAAGAAGGAGGCACUUGGAAGCAGAUCUGUGACAAAAACUGGACCACAAAAAAUUCCCGUGUUAUCUGUGGCAUGUUUGGAUUUCCAGCAGAGAAGAAAUAUAACAUCAAAGCCUACAAGACAUCAGCAAGCAGAAGAAAGCAUAAAUACUGGGCUUAUUCUGUGAAUUGCAAAGGCACCGAGUCACAUCUCUUUAGCUGCAAAAUAGGUGAUCGUAUCAGCACAUUUGGUGGGAACAUUACCUGUGAGAAGGGGAUGCCGGCAGUGGUAAGCUGCAGCCCUGGACUUGCCUUUGCCCCCGGCAGCCACAACGGCUUCAGCAAAGCUUUCCGUCUGGAGCACCUUCUGGUGAGGCUAAAGGGUGGAGCCCAAAUUGGAGAAGGUCGCCUUGAAGUGUUGAUGAAUGGGGAGUGGGGAACCAUUUGUGAUGACCAGUGGAACCUACAGUCAGCCAACGUGGCCUGCCGAGAAUUGGGCUUUGGAACUGCCAAGGAGGCUAUUCUGGGUGCAAGACUUGGACAAGGCAUAGGCCCUAUCCAUCUCAAUGAAGUGGACUGCACAGGGUUUGAAAAGUCUAUUACGGACUGUAAAUUCAGCAAGGAGAUCAGGAGCUGCACCCAUGAAGAAGAUGCCGGCAUAAGAUGCAACAUUCCAGCCAUGGGUUUCCAAAACCAGAUACGCCUGAGUGGUGGCCGCACACCCUACGAAGGCCGUGUGGAAGUUCUCAAGGAGCACCAGGGCACGCUCAAAUGGGGGACAGUCUGCGGUGACGGGUGGAAUAUAAUGGCAGCCAUGGUUGUUUGUCGCCAGCUGGACCUUGGCUAUGCUGACCAUGCUUUCCAGGAGACCUGGUACUGGUUUGGAGACACUGUUGCAGACGACGUGGUCAUGAGUGGGGUGAAAUGCUCUGGGACAGAGAUGGCUUUGUUCCACUGCAGUCAUGAUGUCAAGGUCUCUUGUCCCAAAGGAGGUGGACGCCACGCAGCUGGUGUUUCCUGUACACAAACCGCAGCUGAUCUUGUUCUCAACGCCAAGGAAGUAGAGUACACAUCCUACCUGGAGGAUCGCCCGAUGCGUGCGCUCCAAUGCGCCAUGGAGGAGAAUUGCCUGGCCUCCUCAGCAGUCAAUACCUCGGUGUCCUCUGGUUACAGGAGACUCUUCCGUUUCUCCUCCCAGAUCCAUAAUAAUGGACAGGCUGACUUCCGCCCCAAAACUGGCCGCCAUGCUUGGAUCUGGCAUGAAUGCCACAGGCAUUACCACAGCAUGGAAGUGUUUGCACAUUACGAUCUGCUGGAUAGCAACUGGACUCAAGUUGCCGAAGGCCAUAAGGCGAGCUUUUGCCUGGAGGACAGCGACUGUAUAGAUGGUGUUCAGAAGCAGUACGAGUGUGCAAAUUUUGGGGAGCAAGGGAUCACUGUUGGAUGCUAUGAUGUGUAUCGGCAUGAUAUUGACUGCCAGUGGAUUGAUGUUACAGAUCUCAAACAAGGAGACUACCUCUUCCGGAUCAUUGUUAAUCCAAACUUUGAAGUUGCAGAAUCUGAUUAUUCCAACAAUGUUAUGAUAUGCAAACUCAGAUAUGGAUUACAUCGUGUGUGGGUGUACAACUGCCAUAUAGCCAACUCUUACAAUGAACCCGAACAGCAAGAAUACUUCAGUGGACUUUUGAACAAUCAGGUGUCUUAACUUUAGGCACUCCAUUUAAGAAAGGAAAAGCUUUUUCCCGUAAUUUCCCUAACCACUGCUCGGAAAAACGGAAGUAUCGAGCAACCAACCAUGAACUUUCAUGUUAGCUCUGUAAGUUAUUUUUCAAGGGUAUUACUCCAAACCUAUUUUGCAACAUUUAGCAGAAGAAGACCACAACGACAGACUCAACGUUCACACCGUUCCAACAGAAGGAAGGUUUUGCACUAGCUGUAUGACUUUGCUUCCCUCGGUGUACUUUACCAAUUGCAAACUCUCGUGCCCCCUUGGCCCACUGCAGUAUAUGAAGGGGGCCACAGCAGCACCUGUCUGACCACUCAGUAAGGAUGCUUGAUGCUCAAAGUUACCUUUUUUAGGGAAUGUCUUUUUCAGCCUUGGUAGUCUGUCUUGCAGACAUUUGAAAAUCUGACUCUAUGCCACUGAUGGGGGUUUCUGCCCUAUGCUCAUGACACACCAAUCACUCCCAUUUCCUGGAAUGUCCCUUUUCUCCAUCUUAGCAAGCUCACAUCUCCAAGAGCACUGGUGACAUCUGAUUUUGAAAAAAAGUGGAACAAUCACUGGGGCGGGGGGAAUACGUGAAUCGUACGUUUCAUCUUGUUUCUUAAAACCACUAGACUGUGAAUUUUUCAAAACACAGCAAGUUGUUCACCUGCCCUGCCUUAUAUUCUGAUCCAUGUCUUUUCCAUCCACCCCUCCCCCCCCAGCCAUCCACUUCGUCCCUGUUAAUAUUGCAGAUAAGAAGAACAUCAAACAUAUUCAGCUUUCCCACGAUAGGCCUCUUCCCCACUCAUCACAGCAAACUAUUCUAUGGUAUCUUUUAAGAAAGAAAGAAUUUCCUAAGAUGCACAUUUUACAUGGGAGUCCUUGCGGGUUCAAAAAAGUCAAGAUGGCAACUCCCAAUUGCAGCCAUCUUGAUUUUUUGAUGACGCCCUUGCAUUAGUAAAUGUAUGGUGAUGCUAAGCACAUUUGCCUCUGUUUGUUUGAGGUCAUGCAUUGCUGCAGAAAACCAUUCCUACUUGAAUUUUUUUUAAGGAAAGGCCUUUAUCCAAUUUGUAUACAGUACUUUUGAAGAAACAACCACAAGGUUCCAAUUUUCUUUCUUUUGCUAUCCUAUGCAAAAGAGGGAACUGCAAAAUCAAGCUGUAUUUGCUGCAGUGGACCAGAGCACCAUGUCCAGCAUUUCGUUUCCAAAAAAUAAUCAAUGAGAUGUUCCUGGAAGCUCAAAAGGGGAACACGAACAGGAUGGACUUCAUCUAUUGUUUCUUUUAAGUGUUGGAUAACUAAGGGUAGAUUGUCUCCGACUAUGGAGGUUACUAGCUAUUGCUACAUUGAGAUUUUAAACCCAUCUUAUUUUGGGACUGUAAGAGGGAAGGAAUUCAAUGUAUCUAAACUUAAACAUAAAAUGAUUUAAAGCCUCUCCUUGAAAACUCAUUCCUUAGCUUAGUAUGUAUGGGAGGGAAAAAAAAUCCGUAACUGGAGGGAUAAACCAUGUUAUCAAAAGUGUCUUAUCCACUACUGUAGAGAUUUCUGCAAACCGAUUUCACACAUCUCUUCUUGAUCAGGGACACAGUGAACUUUUUAUAGCCAUCCACUUUCUCUCUCUCUUUCUCUCGCUUGCUGAUUCUUGCUUGUCAAAUGAGAACUAGACCAAACACAUGGGUUGGGAGGAUAAGCUAAGAGGAUUAUAAAAUGGUAUUUUGCACAGGUAAUAGUGUUGUAUGAAUGAGAUCAUGCCAUUUAUAGAUUUUUGUAAAAAAAAAAUUGCAUUAACAAACUUUCAGAUCUAAUUCUCUACACAAUGGAUAACUCUACCUCACAAUGGGUAUGGCAAGGCUUCCUUCCUUUCCUUUCCUUUC